UGAUUGAGAGCAGCUAGAACCCCAUCAGGCUGUGGUGCAGUGAUUUCCCUUCUGAGAGAAAGUGGGAGAAGAAAAGAGGGAGGUGUGAGGGGGAGAGAGAGAGAGAGAGAGAGAGAGAGAGAGAGAGAGAGACAGAGAGAGGGGGAUGUCGCUGCAGCAAAAAGCCAGCUGCAGAUGGAUGACAAGAACAGAGAGAACGAGAGAUGAAGGAAUGCAGAUAUAGAAAGAUAAGGGGAUUAAGAAGGAUGGAGGAAGGUGUGGAAGAAGGAAGGGUGGAGGGAGAUAAAGACAGAGAUGAUGGGAGAUGUGAGAAGAGAAGGAGCUGUAGAAGAGUGGAGAUAGAGAAAGAUGGAAGGAUGGAGAGAAAGAGAGAGGUAGAAAAAAGGGAUGGGGUGACUUCCCCUCCGUCUUUUUGCACCGGCUUAUUGCUUUACAUGUUUGUUUACUGUAGUAAUUGAAUGCAAUGUCACAUUAAUGGGCUUCACACGUCAUAUGAGAACACACCAAUGCUGGAGAGAGUUUGUCUGAGAGAGAGAGGUGGAGGGAGCGUGGGCCGAGCGAGAGGGAGAGAGAGAGAGAGGGAGAGGGGGAGAGAGUGUCGUAAAUCACAGCACAUCACCGGGCGGACGAGAGGGAAAGUUGUGAUAAGGAUCGCUCUCGUUUCCCCCCCCCCUCCAAGCUUCCCUCUGUCAAGCCUCUGGCAACAUCUAAAACCAGUCAGGUCCGCUGUUUCCCCUGAAACGCUGUGAGGAUGGAGUGGAAUGAGGUGGAUCUGGUGCAGGAAUUUACUGUUGAAGGACAAUGCAGCAAAAUUAAAGUCCGCUCCUGCAGGAUCACAUGGGACAGCCUGCAGGUUCCCCGUGUGGAGCUGACCCUCUCCGAGCUGCAGGAAAUGGCCACGAGACAACAGCAACAAAUAGAGGCUCAGCAACAGAUGUUGGUCGCCAAGGAGCAGAGACUGAGGUACCUUCACCAGGGAGGCAGAUCUAACCAAGGACAGACACAGUCUGAAGCUGAGAAGCUGCAGCGUCUGAAGGAGCGAGUGGAGACUCAGGAAGCCAAGCUGAAGAAGAUCCGAGCCAUGAGAGGACAAGUCGACUACAGCAAACUGAUCAACGGAAACCUCUCUGCAGAGAUCGACCAUGUCAGCAGCCUGUUUCAGGAGAAGCAGGCCGAGCUGCAGUCUGCUGUGGUCAGAGUUGACCAGUUGACCCAGCAGUUGGAGGAUUUGAGGAGAGGACGACUUCAGAUGCACUCUGUUGCACCAGCGCAGGGGCCACCCACCGGGUCCCAGGGGGCACCCACUGGCCAGAAAGGAUCCCCCUUGUCUGGUCCUGCAGCCCUGGAGCUGAGGAAACUCUACCAGGAGCUGCAGGCUCGUAACCGUCACAACCUGGAGCAGAGCAGCAAGUUGGCCCAGAAUAAGGAGCUGCUGAACAAGAGGAACGCCCAGGUGACAGUGAUGGACCAACGCAUCGGAGACCUGAGAGAACGACUGCAUAAGAAGAGAGCAGAAUUGAGUCGUAUGAAUGGAGGAGGCCUGUCCUCCCCUCAGUCCUCUUCCCACCCAGGCGGUGGGGUUUCAGGGCGGGUAGCUGCUGUUUGCCCCUACAUCCAGGUUCCAGCGGAGGGGAGACAGGAGGCAGGGUACCCCCUGCCCGCUGACCCACCGUCCAAACCCACCCCGCUCAGCCACAUCCGCUCCCUCUCAGAGGAGGAAAGGAGUGGCAUCAGGAAGCCUCCCAGCCAGUGGAAAGUGUCAGAUUUAGACAUCGUCCUGUCAGAGCCCACUGAGACGUGGGAGGGACCUCGGUCCCCUCAGGCAGGCGACAGUAACAACACUAAUGAAGCGUCAUGGCCUAGCAUCAGUAAGAGUGUGUCAGAUUGGAGGACCAACAGUCCAGAACAGCUUCCCUCUGGUUAUGGUACUUACCCCAGUGCCACCCACCAGGCGGCAGGGCAUCACUCUGCCACCAGCUCCCUGCCCCGCUCUGCCCCUGGUACACUGGGCUGGCCCCGAUCCAGUGCUGCAAAUGCCACCUCAUGCUCCUCUUCAUCAUCUUCCUCUUCACAACAAAUACAGCAACGGAUCUCUGUUCCUCCAAAUUCAAGCCAAGGUGAUUUAAAGGGCUCCAACUCCCAGCCUUCUCCCUUGUCCCCACAAACGGAGCGAACAGAUCCACCUCCAGCUGUGGCCGUGCGUCCCUACGUUCCAGACCACCCCUCCAGGCCCCAGUCCCCCAGGAAGGGCCCCGCCACCAUGAACAGCAGCUCCAUCUACAGCAUGUACCUCCAGCAGCCUCAGGCCAAAAACUAUGGCUCUCUCAGCAACAGGACUACUGUUAAAGCAGUCUAUGGUAAACCCAUCCUCCCCACCUCCUCCACCUCUCCAUCUCCUGUCCCUUUUCUCCAAGGAGGAGGAGGAGGAGUAAAAGCAGGAGGAGAGGAUGUUACAGAUAAAGAAGGAGGGAAAGGAGGAGGCGAGAGCAGUGAUGGGCAAAUCCUCCCUCCACCCACUGUGGACAACAUCCCUCGUCCCCUCAGUCCCACUAAGCUUACCCCAGUUGCCCACUCCCAGCUACGUUACCAGAGUGAUGCUGACCUGGAGGUUCUCCGCCGGCGUCUCAGCAAUGCUCCUCGACCUCUGAAGAAACGGAGCUCCAUAACCGAACCUGAAGGCCCACAGGGGCCAAACAUCCAAAAACUACUGUACCAGAGGUUCAACACAUUGGCGGGAGGCAUGGAAGGAGGUUCAGGCAACACGUUCUACCAGCCUGACUGCCUUUUGGGUGAAAUGGACAACAUUCAUUCAGCAAAUGGGAAUGUAGAACCUGGAGACAAGCACGUCAGUAUGGCGACCACAGAGGGCGAAGUUCAAAACAUGAACUCAGGCUCCCGCCGCUUGUCCCCUCCUUCUGUUGCCAUAGAAACACCCAAAGACACAACAGCAAAAGCAGAAACUACCAGUAAUGCGUCUCCACCAACCCAAACCAGCCCAUCCCCUGCACCUGAUAGGCCAGAGGACCAGAACAACAACAACCAGAAAGGAUCAAGUCCUGCACACAACUCUGUAGGCCAUGCUUCCCCCUCCCCAUCACCUCCUGCCCCACCUUCAAAGCCUAAGGUGAAGCGAACCAACCUGAAGAAGCCGUCAUCAGAGCGAACAGGUCACGGUCUGAGAGUGAAGUUUAACCCUCUAGCUCUGCUGCUGGACGCAUCGUUAGAAGGAGAGUUUGAUCUGGUGCAGAGGAUUAUAUAUGAGGUGGAAAACCCCAGCAUGCCUAAUGAUGAAGGCAUAACUCCUCUUCAUAAUGCUGUCUGCGCCGGCCAUCACCACAUUGUGAAGUUCCUGCUGGACUUUGGAGUGAAUGUAAACGCAGCCGACAGUGACGGAUGGACCCCUCUGCACUGCGCAGCUUCAUGUAACAGCGUCCACCUCUGUAAGAUGCUGGUGGAGUCAGGGGCUGCAAUUUUCGCCACAACGAUUAGUGACGUGGAAACAGCGGCAGACAAAUGUGAAGAAAUGGAGGAGGGCUAUACACAGUGUUCUCAGUUCCUCUAUGGUGUACAAGAAAAGUUGGGUGUGAUGAACAAAGGCUUGGUCUACGCUCUUUGGGACUACACAGCCCAGCAGGCUGAUGAGCUGUCCUUCAGCGAGGGUGAUGCCCUCACCGUGCUGCGUCGUCGUGAUGACACAGAGACAGAGUGGUGGUGGGCACGGCUAAAUGACCGCGAGGGAUACGUACCCAGAAACCUGCUGGGGCUGUAUCCAAGGAUCAAACCCAGACAACGCUCGCUGGCGUAAAGCCCAGAUCAGGAGCCACGUGCACGCUCGAAGAGGGCGCAUGCAUGCAGAGAAGAAGUGGAGCAGCAGCAGCAGCAGGAGGAUGUGGGCGGAAGUGUUAGCCAAGAGAGAAAGAACAAAGGAUGGAGGUAGUCAGGAGGCAGAGAGAAGGAAACAUAGCUGGAGCUCACAACUCUGAUGAAGCAACUUUUUUUUCCUGUUUGUUUGGAUGUGAUGCUGGAACCACAGAGCCACUUUAUGGUAGAAUCAUAAUAUAUUUUCACUGAGUUGCUGCAGUUAGAGGAAAUCGCCUGAAUCUUAUUUUGAGCAACAGUAGCUUGGCAAUUUCUCACCAGUUCAGCCGCAUGAGAGAAGCUGAAUAGAAAAAAAAGGAAAAUAUCUGUCAUUUGGAUGCAGCUUUGAGUUCGUUCAGCUCGGAACAUGAAAACAUGAGCUUGGAUUUAUGAGGCUCUAUGUGACAUUCAUCCAAAUGAUCUUUGAAUGACACUUUAUUUUUGUAUGGUGUUAAAGGUCCAUGUUAUAAAAAGUCACAUUUCCAUGACUUUUUUAUUAUACAACAAGCAUAGGUAAUAAAUAAAUACCUUGAAAAGUAUCAAAACGUUCAAUCCACAGAGAAAUGCACACAGUUUGUAUUCAGAAACUGUGCCUUUAAACGAGUCAUCAAGACUUCCAUGAAGUUGUGAUGUCACAACUGUACUAUUUAAAGGUAGAAACUGGUGCUGUAGUGUUGUUACAGUCAUUUCCUGGCUACAGUAAUAGUGCAGAGACACAGUGAGCACAGAUAUGGAAGACCCAGAAAUGCUGACCAAUCAGAGCAGACUUGGCUUUUUUUGGGGGAGGGGGGGGGCGGCUUAGAGAGACAGGCACUAAAACAGAACAUUUCAGACAGAAGGUGAGUACAGGUAUAUUCAGGCGGACAGUUUGAGAAAAAUAAUGUGUUUUUUGAACAUUAAAGCAAGUAAACAUGUUCUAGAAAGAACCCCAAAUAUAAGUACCAACCUGAAAAUUAGCAUAAUAUGAGACCUUUAAUAAAAAAACAAAACACCCAGAUGGAUCUUCAUAAAGCCGAGCUCAUUAACCGCAUAGCAAUGAACAUAGUAUGUUGUCUGAAAACACUUUCACACUGUGUGGUGUGAAGAUUUAAAUGCAGUAAAUUUACAGGCUAGAUCAGGGGAGAGUGUGUGUGAGAUGUGAAAUGUGAAGUUGGAGAGAGGAAGGUGAGAGGACGGAACGGAUACUUUGAAUGUGUGUUAAAGGAAGCUUUAUCAGGUCACUGAUAAAGCAGCAAUUAGUUGUGUUAGCAGGAAUAAAGUUGGAAGCGCAACCACAAGAAACAGAAUCCAGCAAGCUUAUGAUGCAUGGUGGCCGAGGUCCACAUCAACCCACACGAGCAACAGAUGUUGACAAUAUAAUAUUAUGGCAUGGCAGGAAAAAAAAAGCUUUUCUAUUUGAAGUGAUAUCAGAAGAAUAGUUCCACUCUGAUUUCACAUAAUGAAAAAAGAAGCAUCUGUGAGUGAUUACGGAUGUCUCAACCUUUUACUAUUCUGUAUUUCUGUUGUCUCAGCACUGGUGCAUGCUGUCAUAUCAACAUCUGUUCAACUGCAAACUGGUUGCUGCUGGUGAGAGAGGAGGGAAAGAAGAGGACAGAAGGAAAAUAAGAAUGUGAAAAAUGUUUUUGUGAAGUACAAAUGAAUUUGUGAAACCAAAGCAGCUACAGUAUGGGAAGGAGGAGGAAUUAAAGUGACAAUAUUUUUUUCAUUUUGAACAAAACUUCUUCCAGUCUUCACCCAUUGACACAUAAUACCUGGUCCAGACUAGGACCUGGCACAUAAUGGUCCUCUUACUGGGGCAGCACUGGUACCAGGCUCUAACAUUAACUAUAUGAUAAAGCAGUGUUUCCCAUCUACCAAAAGCUCAGUGGCAUAUUUAAAGGAAAAACUAUAAGUUUAAAAGGUAAAAAUUAUAAUUGUAUACAUUUUUCAUGGGCUAACUGCUUUAAAAUGAGGCUGAAUUAGCCGACAGUGAAUGAAAAAACAACUUGACUUUCUCAUAUUUUUUUUUUCAUAUUUACAUAUUUCAGUAGUUGUAUGAAAUCUAUUAUUCCCCUGAUUUGUUGUUUUAUUUAAACAGUUGUUUUUCUAUAUUAUUAAUAUUAUUAUUAUUGUUAUUAUUGGACACACUGCUUCAGUUUCCUAAUCUGUCAGUGUUGGCGCCACUCACUGCUGCCACCCAGUGUACAGACAUGUCCUCACACAAAGCGUCAUUUCCUUGACCCCGCUGUGUAAAAUAUGAGGCAAUAAGUUUUGUGAUGUUUGGUGUGAGAAUGGCACAUUGGUGUGUGAGGAGUGCAGACCAUUACCUUGUGUAUAUGCAAACUGUAACUAAACAGCUAAUGUACAAAAAUAAUAAAGAAAGUAUAAUCCCUACAGAGAA